AUGGGACCAGUUGUUUUUAAUCUCAGUAUACUUUGUACAAUAAUAUUGUUCAUAAAAUUGUCCAUGAAAUGGCCAAAUUUAAUUAAAAGAUGGAAUUGCGUAGAUGCGUCCUUUAAAUCGUAUGGGUGGCCACCAAAUUUGGAUAUUCGUUUAAAAACCAUGACAGCUAUUGUGCGAGUUUUGUCAAAUUUUGCUUGGUCAUACACCGAUCUGUUUAUUGGUAUCAUCAGUACGCCCAUUGCCUUACGAUUUAGACAGUUGUGUGUUCAUAUAGAGGACUCUAUUAAAAGAAAAGUGAACAAUAUCGAUUUCUGGAAGAAUAUAAGGGAAGAUUACAACAAACUUUGCAUUUUAACAGGGAUAAUUGACGAUAACAUAUCCAGUAUAACAUUACUAUCUUUUGUAGCGAAUUUGUACUUCAUUCUCACCCAACUAUUUAAUACAUUAAGAUACAGAGAAGAAGUUUUAUUAAAGGCUUAUUAUUAUGCCUCAUUUUUUCUGUUAAUAUUGAGAACUGUCUUUGUGGCAUUGUACGGGGCUUGGAUAAAUGACGAAAGUAAAAAUCUUUGCUACACACUACAUAAGGCUCCAGCUUCCGUCUACAACUCUGAGAUAUCAAGAUUUAUAGAUCAAAUUCAUUUUACAGAAGUAGCAUUAACUGGAAUGAAAUUUUUUUACGUAACCAGGGGGGUUGUCUUAAGUAUGGCAGGCGCUAUUGUAACGUAUGAACUAGCUUUAAUUCAGUUUAAUGAAAAUACACUUCGUACAAAUGCGGAGAUUAAUGUUACUUGUUAA